GACCUUCAAACUUACAUCCCUGGUAGACCACACACCACUCGGAAUCGAUACCUAAACACCUACAUAUAUAUGUACAUGUAGGACUUGAACCCAAUCAUGGAAAUGAGGACCCUUGUUUUCUCAACUAUUAAUACUAUCAUUCUAGACUGACCUACUAUUAUUUACCCAUGCAACAGACUUACGAGAAGUCUCAGCUCUUCCAUCUUUUUUCAUUCUCUACUUUACCUACGUAUGACUUGUUUCAUGUGUUUCACUUGAUUGACUCACCUACAUAUACAUCCUCCUCUCAUUUUGAGUCACACUUAGAGAUGCAAUCAUGAGUUCCGAUGACUCCGAUUUCUAUGGCGACGAUGAUGUCAUGAUAGAUCUUAAGGCCAGGAUAAAAGCGUUCGAUGUUGAAGCCUGGUGGGAGCAAUACCAAACCCUUGAUACACCGUUAAAGAUUCAAGCCCGAAAAAAAGAAAUGGAGGACAUGUCUCACUUGCACAACCCAUACGCCGGCAUGGAGAAUGCCUGGCAACUCACUGAGACGAUUGAAGAAUUCGUUCAGCGCGUGCCGCCCGCAACAACAGACGAAACCCCGGAGAAUCCUUGGAUUUGGGUCUGCAAUCCCUACAUCAAUCGCAAGAGGAAGAGUGACUCAGAGAACCAAAAGAUACGUGGCGGUGAAGAUGAAGCCCCUGAGGAAGAAGGCGCAGACCUGAACAGUGUUGUUGAGGGCGGGAUGGCGAGGCUACAUUUCGCCUCCGACUUCAUCAAUAUGUGCAAAUCAUCUGGCAAGAAUCCCAAUUUCAUCUCCCGAGAAUGCCGAAAGGCUGGUACGGACGCGGCGAAGGAUAUCCUUGAUCUGGCAAAGGCCCACCACGUGAGGUGCGGCAAGUGGAUGCUCUUCUGUUCCGUUCCAACAGUGAACGAAGUCUGGGAGACCGUCGCCAAAGCGACCUCAAAUAACGAACUAGGAAUCGGCGCCAAAGUUGCACCACGAUCGACUGUUGAUAACAGGACAGAUCGACUCAUAUGCGUCUACACCGCUGAUUUCUCCGACACCAAGGAUGUCAGAAGAGUCGCUGAAAAACUAAAGCAGCUCGGGCUUAUCCAGGCUAAUGGAAGGGCUCUGUACUACAAACCAGAUGUAUACACAUACCUAGGGAUAGCGCGAGGAAAUCCCUGGGAGAUACGAGCCUCCAUAUACGACACCACGUCUAUGCUUCGCACCAAGAAAGAGUAAAAUAAGAAAAAUGAAUCAACAAUCAUACUAGGAGGAUAUAUGUGUCUUUAAAAAACAACGGAUGAAUUUGUCGAGAUACCCUUUGCUAUCACGAAAUUGCUUCUUCAUGCGUAAUGGGAGAACUUGCUAACCAUUCCAACGCCGACAAUGCAUAAAUGCUUUAUGUUACCGUCAUCCGAAUCCUCCAACCUGUCCUUUUGACGAUCCUAUCGCACACUUAUCUACCCCUCAUCAACGUAUUCUCGUAAACUAGGAUAUUCAACAUCCUUCUCAAGCA